CGUCUCCCACUGUCUCAAAAGUCAAAACCAAAAGACAAACGGCUCGAAAACAGCACAUUCACGGCAGCCAAGAACAACUCACCUACAGAUCUUUUACUGCUUGCCUGGCAAAACUCAAAGCCAAACGGCUCGAAAACAGUGCAUUCUCGGCAGCCGGGAGAGAACCGGAGGUGAGGGAGGUCAUCGUGACGAUCCCAAGCACAUCUUGGGUGACAACCGGAGAAGACUGUGGGCCGCUGCCUGAGCCCGGAACGAAAACGUCUUGAUACAAGAGUGGUGAGUGAGAGCACUCCAGAAACACAAGUUGAAGCUCUGGUCACCAUGGUAGGGUGGAAGAAACUUCUGCUUCUGGCUCUGUACCUGUCGCUCAUCUCGGUGGAGUCGGUCUUCAUGUGCGAUCUGGGAUUUGAGUUAUACGAUGGAAAAUGCGUUGAUCAUGACGAAUGUAAUGAGACUGCUGGAAUUUGUGGAGAUUUCGCACAGUGUUUCAACACCCUUGGCAGCUUUUCCUGCAAAUGUCAUGAUGGUUUCACUCUUGAAUCGUUUAAUUGUAGAGAUAUUAAUGAAUGUCAGAAGAAUAACUGCAGACCUCAUGCGGGUGAUUGUACUGAGGCACAUUCGUGUGGGCCAAAUGAGGCAUGUAUCAACACGAUUGGCAGUUAUCACUGCAUUUGUAAAGCCGGUUUCACAAUCAAGUCUGGUGCCGGCAACUUCACGUUACCUGAAGGGCUGUGUGAAGAUGUGGAUGAGUGUCUGGGGGAACAUUUAUGUGGGCCCAAUGCUGCUUGCAUCAACACACCUGGCAGCUAUCGCUGCAUUUGUAAUGCCGGCUACGCAAUCAAGUCUGGCGCCAACAACUUCACGUCACCUGAAGGGCCAUGUGAAGCCGGAUGUUCGACUGAUGGAGGAAACUACUGUGGAAAUGGAACAUGCCAAAUUGGAGACAGCGGCCCUUACUGUGCCUGCAACGCAGGGUUCACGAAUUACGGCCACAAAGCAGGCCGCUGCACAGUGUUAGAUUGUGAUGUUUUUAAAGACAUGGAGGAUUUGGAAAAGAAUGUCCCUGUUGCAUAUGACCUGGUGAUGCAGCUGAAAAGAACUUGUGUGAACCUGACCGAGGGUGAGGCUCAAGAAUCCAUAGAUGACCAGGAAAUGCUUUCGAAAUUUCUGGCGAUCAUUGACCUGAUUUUGGCCACUAAAACCCUUAACGACAACAGAAAGGUUUCAGUCUUCCUGAACUUGGCGGAGAGCGCGCUGAGACUGAUGGGACCUCUCAUCAAAGCCCCAACAAUGAGGAGAUUUGCUAAAUACACAGAACUGGACCUACUUUCAUACAAAAAACCCACGUCACCCCAAGGAGUACUGCAAUUAAUAACUAACGCAGUCACGUUGAAGAUGCAGUUGGAAACGGUUGCAGGAGAUCCUUCCCAGUAUCCAGGCUUCGCGAGCGCGGCCUUGCUCAGCUACGCAAACCUGGAGACCUUCACCGACGGCUUUUACGGCGGGAUGAAUCCACGAGACGACCAAAGAUUGGUCAUCAACUCCAAAGUAGCGACUGUCUCCGUCACAAACACUAACACCAAUCAUCUGAGAGAUCCGGUCGAGCUAGGUUUUUACCACCUGAAAAAGGUAAACGACUCCCACCACGUAUGUGUGUUCUGGGACACCUCCCAGGGGGCAGGGAGCUGGUCUGCUGACGGCUGCACGGCGGUGAAGUCCGACUCUGAAUCCACCGUGUGCUCGUGCAACCACUUGAGCACAUUUGCCGUGCUCAUGGCCCUCUAUGACGUCGAGGAGAUUUUCGAGUUGCAGCUCUUGACCUCGUUGGGAUUGUCCCUCUCCCUGAUUUGCCUGCUCAUCUGCAUCCUGACCUUCUCGCUCGUCCGCUCCAUCCAAAGCACGCGCACCACCAUCCAUUUGCAUCUGUGCAUCAGCCUGUUUGUCGUCGCCUUCGUUUUCCUCGUGGGGAUCACUCGUACAGAGAAUCAGAGCGCCUGUGCGACGAUCGCCGGCCUGCUGCAUUUCUUCUUCCUGGCCGCGUUCUGCUGGAUGUGCUUGGAAGGCAUACAGCUCUUCCGGAUGGUCAUCCUGGUCUUCAACACCAACUUUCGGACCUCCUACAUGAUGACGGUCGGCUAUGGCAUCCCGGCCAUGAUUGUCGCCAUCUCAGCUUCGGUCAACCCUAGAGGAUACGGCACCCCAAGAUAUUGCUGGUUGAACGUGAAAUUCAUCUGGAGCUUUUUGGGCCCAGCUUGUGCCAUAAUUGCUAUUAACAUUUUCUUCUUUGUCAUCACCGUUUGGAAGUUGGCACAGAAGUUUUCAAGUCUAAACCCUGACCUGAACACCUUACAAAAAAUUCAAGCAUUUACCGUCACGGCAGUGGCCCAGCUCUGUGUACUGGGCACCACGUGGAUUUUUGGCUGCUUCCAAUUUGAUAAGAGCACCGUGAUAAUGUCUUAUCUUUUCACCAUCUUUGCCAGCCUUCAGGGGGUCAUGUUGUUUGUGAUGCACUGUUUGUUCUCCAAGCAGGUGAGGGACGAGUACAGAAAUUUCCUGUCCAGGUUCAGCGUACCGUCAAAGAAAACCUGCGCUGAGGUCAACUUGCUGACCGGCAUACAGCAUGCGUCCAGAAGCAGCCAGGACACGGGAGAGUCGCACACCUGAGGAGACAAACUCUCAUUUCGAUGUCGCUUGCAAUCCACAAACGCCGGCCAACUGUCUGUCAGUUCUUUAUGAAUGUGCCAAAAUAUUAAAAGCGACUGACAUGAUGUCAUUUAAAUUCUUGAAUUCUGUUGGCAAAACAUGAGAAAUUGAUCUGAUUAGGCUAAGGUGCAAUAUGUGUGGAAACCUGGAUUCAAACUAAAAAGAAAAUUUUUGUUUUGUCAGGUGCAUCAAUCCAGGUACUGUAUGUUACUACCCCCAACAAGCUAAAAUGUUGUAUAUAUUUGUUAUUUUUUCUGCAGUAUGUUCGAUGUAUUUCUACUGCAUGAAUAUUGUCAUUAAAAACAGAGUAUGUACAACUAGAUUUCUUUGUCUAUGUUGAAGUGCUUAGACACUGCUCCAUUCAGUGUUCUGAAAUGCAAUGUAUAUUUGGUUUUAUAAAUGUAAUAAUUUAAUAAAUUAGAAUUUUUUUCAAGUCUCUUUUCAGAAUUUGUGUUUUAAUAUAUGUGGAUGUUUUUGUUUUGGAACAACACAUUAAAGAAUCAGACUAAAAUCAAACUUUUUUAAAUAUGUACUUCCUAAUAUGAGAUAGCAUAGACACUGCUCCAU